AUGCUUACUGAAGGUGAAGCCGAGUACACAAUGAUUCCACCCUCUCCAAUGUUCUCUCGAGCCACUUCACAGCAGGCCAUCGAGGAAGAACGCGUGGAGAGACUGGAAGCCGACAGGGUGAAUCAGAAGCCAAUUAUGCGAAAGCAAAAGUCAAACGGUGCCUACAACUACGGCGGUGCUAGAUACUCUGAUAAGCAUUCAGUUGUCUCUGGUAAAUACUUCUCUUUUUACCUUUUUUGCCUGGAAUUAAUUUUUCCUCUGGUGAAACAACAACAAAAAACUCCAUGA